UCAACCACCUUGUCUCUUUAUUGAGCUAAAAAAUCAAUGGAGAAACCCUUCAUUUACUUUCAGUCUUUCUCUUCCAUGGUCGAAACAUGGGAAAGCUAAGCCAUGAUUUACACAUCCAGCACUUUAGUCAUCCCCAUCUGCUAGAGCUAACAAAUAUUCAAGCCCUUAACCUCAACCCAUGUUCAGCCUGCAAGCUCCAAUCCUCUGGAUGGAUGUACACUUGCAGACCCUGCAACUUCGCCCUCCACACUUCAUGCAGUCAACUGCCUCAUUUGAUCACUCAUCCAGCCCAUCCCGGCCACUCCCUCAGCCUCCUUCCGGCACCAGCUUACCCUGUUGGGUAUUUCAACUGUGAUGCUUGUGGUCAACGGGGCCAUGGAUUCAACUACCAUUGUAACCAGUGUGACUUUGAUAUCCACUCCGUAUGUGCUUCUAAGCCAUUGUCUAUCCACUGCCAUUCCCAUCCUUGCCAGCUUCAACUCUUCUUUUACCCUCCUUAUCAAACCAAAGGUUUCUCUUGUGAUGUCUGCCACCAGAUCGGGUCGAAUCAUUGGCUUUAUCGGUGUAGUAUUUGUGAAUUUGAUGUUCAUAUGAGUUGUGUUAACACUGCUGCAAGUAUAUAUAAAGGCACAACCAGACAAGGAAAUGUUCAGUUUCAAGCAUGGGAUUCGUUUCCAGGGUCAGCUCAAAGCAAUUUGCAGUACAGAAAUGGAGGUGCACCAAUGAACUGUCAAUACCAAAACAAUGGAGCGGCGGCGGGGAAUGGUUUGAUGGGAGUUGCGGUUCAAGGGUUUGUAGAAGGAGCAGCUCAACAAGUCGGUCAGAAUUUGGUGCAGAGUUUGAUGGGUGGUGGUGGUGAUUCCAACAAUGGUGGUGAUAAUAACUCUUCUUCUUCUUCUUCUGCAUCAAUGGUUGAUGUUGGGUCUUCUCUUUUGAGUGGCGUGUUUGGGAAUUCUUGAUCAUGGUCUGAAACUUGGAUGAUGAUCGAGAAUUCACAAGACAGGAAGAAAAUAAUAACAUUCAGAAGUUUCUUUUCUGUUAUUUUCUUUUUAAUGCAUAACAUUCCUUUAAGGCCA